AUGGACGUACUGUUUGUUUCUGGACUGCUUCCUAUGAAUUGUCCAUUAAAUUUUGCCAGUGUUCAUUUCCGGCUUGCUGACUGUAGUGAAUUUAAUGUUCGGAUUCUGUCAGAUUCCACACGGGUGAGCCCAAAUCGGAAAGAUUGUGAUAAAUACUUUCAUUUGCAAACAACCAUCAUAAACGAGUUUCAACUGGCUAUAGCUGAGUCUCCUGUGAGAAGAAUUAUUUGCGUCUCCAGCCACGACACUGCGAACAAUUAUGACACUCGUAAGCACAUGAAGGUGACGCCACAUCCGGCUUCGCAGUACGCGAACAACCAGUCAUUGAUAUCCACUGGGUCAGUCAUUGACGUAGAGUCCGUCCGAAUGCCAACCGCUUCUGCCUUUGAAAAGCAGCUUGACCGGGUUUACGUAGAUAUGCAAACAUAUACGAUCUUAAAGAGCCAGUUCAUUACGAUCUAUCGACAAUGA